AUGGCUGAUCAGUGUAUUGUCUGCCUGGACGUUUUGGACGUCGACGAUGCCUUACCUCCCAAGGGAGACAUCGUCGAGUCUGAAGUUAUAGUCAAAUCCGAACUUGAAGAUCCCGCCUCCGCCACAGCUCACAACCACCACGCCGACACCCAACAAUUACUUGCAGUUAUACAAACCUGCGGGCAUAUACUACAUGAUUCAUGUCUGAAAGAAUGGAUCCAAAAAGCAAACAGCUGUCCCAUUUGCCGCCAGCAAUUUAACCUUGUCGAAGUCCAUGACAAAACGUCUGGCCCGAUACUUUCUACAUACACAGUCGAAGAUAAAAAGCAAGUCGCCGACUUUGACCCACUCGCCUGGAUUGAGGAUCAAGCCCAAGAGGAGGAGUUGUCGAGGCCAUGCCCAAUAUGUGCCAGCUCCGAUGACGAAGAAGUCCUUUUGCUAUGUGACUCAUGCGAUGCGCCAUACCACACAUACUGUGUUGGUCUCGAUAAUGUGCCUCAUGGGCAGUGGUUUUGCAUGGAGUGUGAGCACGAGGGCGCAAAUGCCCGCACUGCAGAGCCGUCCAUGGCAUUUGGCGGAACUCGCCGCAGAAACAAUGAACGCACACAAGCCCAGGUCCGACAGGCACGCUCAAGACGCCGUAACCGCACGGAAGCAUGGCAGGGCGCUUGGAACCAAAUCAGCGACCGCAUUUAUGACGCCUUGGAGCUGGAUAUCGACUAUGACGAAGACAACUCCCUACAAGCAUAUCGGCAGUCCCAGCGUCGCACAGAACGAGAGCGUCGUGAGCUUCAGCAGUGGCAACAGCGCCUCGCGAUCGCUAGCCGCCAGGGCGCAAGAGAGGUUUUCAGGAACUCAGCACGGUCAAUACUGCACAACAGAGUUGAGCCACCAGCACCCAGAGAAUCUGAUGAAGAGCGAAGAGCAUGGGAAACAUAUGAUAGAGUCCGAGAAGCCGAAAAUUCUGGCACUCCCACUCGGAAACGAAAGUCGCGAUCCACGACGCAAUCCCCAAGAGAACCGGCAACCAAUGAGCCGGAACGCAAACUCAAGCGUCCUCGUACCCGUCGAGUUAUGGAGAAUGCAGCAGGAUCCUCAUCCGAUGGGAAUCCAGAAUCGCAGCGACCAAAUGGCCACCGCAGACCGGUUGCCCCUGCGCCUCGGAGGCCAAUGACUCCCAGUGCUCUCACUCCCAAUACAGCGGUAGCAGCACCAUCAUUCCUCUCAUCACUUCUGAAAGAAGUUGAAAUGAGUGCAGCGAAGGAAGAUGACAGCGACAACAAUGAGCACGUCUUCGUGAACACGAAUUCUACGAGUCCUGCGGCAGACCAUUCAUCUCCCGUUUUGUCGCCAGCCACCAGCAGCUACUCUACACCCCGCGCCAUGUCAUUGACACCACCACCCAAUGGCCAUGGUAUCCGCAGAUCUGGAUCUCCGUUAUCACUCAGCUCGAGAGUAGAGCCAAUCUACCCCCCAGCUGACUACUCUCCAAAUCGCUCUCCUCCAGAGAGGACGGCGAGAGCCGAGAAUGGGCACUCAAGGCCUAGCACACCGCCUGCUAGCCAUCUCCGCCACCCGAAACCCCGAAGACCACAACAACCAAUCCCAGGAGAGAGUUCUCCGACACAACCCAUCUCCAUCGAAGCCAAAGAAGGCAUCCAAAAGAUCGUCAAGAAAGCACUUGACCCACACUACAAGAAACCAUCUGGCAUCACAAAAGAACAGUAUGCGGAUGUCAACCGUUUGGUUUCAAGGAUGUUGUACGAUAAGAUAGUUGACCCUACUGCCUUGAACGAUGACGAAAAGUCAGCGUGGGAAAAGGUUGCCUCUGCUGAGGUAGCCAAGGCCGUCGAAGGGCUUUCUGCAUGA